UGGCAUCAAUGUCACUUUUUAGAGAUCAAUGAGAUAGUGCAGAUAUACACAGAUCUAGACUCCAGGAGACGAUGCGACAUUCAGAUUGAAAAGAUCUGGAAGGCAAAAAAAUGAAAACUGAGUAUUGAAUGAGAUUUUUGUGAAGGCCAAGGUCACAUAAGAUUAUAACGCCAUGUUAACGCUACCAUUUGAUGAGUCUGUUAUAAUGCCAGAGUCCCAGAUGUGCAGAAAGUUUUCCAGAGAAAGUGAGGAUCCAAAGCUAAUUAAGAAGCCAGACAGCUUUGUGAAACAGAUUAUACAUCAAGGAAAAAGUAUUAAAAGAUCAACUGCAGAAGAUAUGGAGAAAGAGGAGGCAGAUGAGGACCGAGAAGAAGAGGAUGAGAAUGGUUUACCCAGGAGAAGAGGCCUUCGGAAAAAAAAGAUGACAAAGACAAGAGUGGAAAGGGUCAAAUUCAGGCGACAGGAAGCUAACACAAGAGAAAGAAACAGAAUGCAUGGCCUCAAUGAUGCUCUGGACAAUUUAAGGAAAGUGGUCCCUUGUUAUUCCAAAACACAAAAACUGUCUAAAAUAGAAACAUUGAGACUGGCUAAAAAUUAUAUAUGGGCUCUUUCUGAAAUCUUACGAAUUGGUAAGAGGCCUGAUUUGCUGACUUUUGUUCAAAACCUCUGCAAAGGUCUCUCCCAGCCAACAACAAACUUGGUAGCGGGAUGCCUACAGCUGAACGCCAGAAGUUUCUUGAUGGGUCAAACUGGGGAAACGGCCCAUCAUGUCCGAUCUCCCUACUCCUCCUUCUACCCUCCGUAUCACAGCCCAGAGCUGAACACUCCCCCGGGUCAUGGGACACUUGACAACUCCAAGUCCAUGAAACCCUACAAUUAUUGCAGCACUUAUGAGUCCUUCUAUGAAAGCACUUCUCCGGAGUGUUCCAGCCCACAGUUUGAAGGUCCCUUAAGUCCUCCCCCAAUUAACUAUAAUGGGAUAUUUUCCCUUAAGCAAGAAGAGCCUUUGGACUAUGGCAAAAACUACAAUUAUGGCAUGCAUUAUUGUGCAGUGCCACCCAGGGGCCCCCUUGGGCAGAGUUCAGUAUUCAGGUUGCCCACGGAGAGCCACUUUCCUUAUGAUCUACAUCUGCGCAGCCAGUCUCUCGCCAUGCAAGAUGAAUUAAAUGCAGUUUUUCAUAAUUAAUGAGGAAAAUGAAAAUAAACAGUGGUCAUUCACCUCUCUGUCUAAUUAAGAUAAACCAGACGCUUGUGACCUGUCUGAUCGGUGCAACUCUAUUUAAAAAUGUGUUUGCUAGGCUCUAAAGUGUGUCAACUAUUGUGGGACUUUUUAGUUCUUAAAAUAAUAAUAAUAAUAAUAAUAAUAAUAAUAAUAAUAAUAAUAAUUUUAUCAGUAUUUAAUUCCAUUUGGAUCUUGGUAAGCACUGUGAGUUUUAUCUGGAUUUUUAGGGGUCUUUUUUCCCUUCCUCCCCUAUUUGUUCGAUUUUAUCCAGCAGUGUGUCUAAAUGAUAUUGUUGAGCUGAGAAACACACACUGCAUAAAGUCUACAACGGUAUUUUGAUUGUACAGUAAACUAUAUCAUUGCAUGCCACUCAGAUCAGAGUAAAUAAACCAAUGUAUUUAUGAUAAUUAGAAAUGAUAUAUAAUGUGAUGGGGAAAAGGUGAAUUUUUAAACUCCCUUGAAUUUUAUUUAUUUGGGUUUUUAAAAAAAAUAAAACUGUCACAGGCAUCAAGAGGUGCAUUGGAGAUGGUGCAGCAAUAUUUUAAGCUAUGCAAAAAAUCAAAAGAAAGUGCAUCUAAAUAAAAUGGUAAUCAUUGACAAUUAUUCAAGCUUAAAAUUUGAAACAUUUCCUGGCAGGAACUACCUGUAAUAUCUGAAACGUGGAGUAUUUUUGGUCAAUAUUUUGCAUUCAUCACUUGGAUAUAAAAUUCAUUUGAUAUCUGCACUUCUUUUGUAAUAUUCUGCCUUCACAUGUAAAAUUUGUUAAAUGUACAACUGUGUUUUUCAUGAUUUGUUUUAAAUGGAAUUAAAGCAUACAUGUUUUCAAUCAUAA